UGGUGGGCAGGCAGGCACGGAGAGCCGGGGCACGCAGCGGAUCGCGGGGACUUGGCGCCUAUUUUUUGUUGGCUGGGUGUUCUCGCCUGUGAUUGGGCCCCGCGCGGCGUGCCCCGUGCGCCCGGCUGCGGCUGCUCUGUCGACCUUGGCAAGACCCAGGCGCCGCCGUACGCGACCGGCCUCCCGGGGGAUGGGCCACCAGGAGCCCCCGCUGGCCCGAGUGCGGGCGGGAGGUGCGGCUUAUAUAAACAGGUUAUGUAAAGGGCUCAGCUGGCGCGAACACGUGGAGAGCCGCGGGAGCCCGGACGCCCGGUUCUCCCCCGCGGGCGCCGCCGCCACCACCCGUGCCGCAGCACGCUCCGAAGCUCACUCGGCCGCGGCCGCCGCCUCUCGCGCCGCUCCGUACCGGAGGCAGCCCUGUCCCGGAGCGGACCAUCCCCAGCCCGGGGCGCCAGGGGGGAAACGGGCCGCCCGGAAGUGGAGGGACGCCAGCCAGGUCACAAUCCAGGGUCCCGCUCCUCCGCGUCCCGGGGCCGGACGGAGGGAUGAGGCAGGGGGGACCCAGGCAGCGCCGUUGCUGCUCCCCCCGCCGCCCGCAGCCAUGGAAACGGGGGAGGAGGACGGCACCCGCAGAGGUACACAAAGCCCCGAGCGGAAAAGGCGAAGCCCAGUGCCGCGGGCGCCCAGCGCGAAGCUGAGGCCGGCGGCGGCCCAGGCCAUGGAUCCGGUGGCGGCCGAGGCCCCGGGCGAGGCCUACCUGGCGCGGCGGCGGCCAGAGGGCGGCGGCGGGUCGGCACGGCCGCGGUACAGCCUGUUGGCGGAGAUCGGGCGCGGCAGUUACGGCGUGGUUUACGAGGCAGUGGCCGGGCGCAGCGGGGCCCGGGUGGCGGUCAAGAAGAUCCGCUGCGACGCCCCCGAGAACGUGGAGCUGGCGCUGGCCGAAUUCUGGGCCCUGACCAGCCUCAAGCGGCGCCACCAGAACGUCGUGCAGUUUGAGGAGUGCGUCCUGCAGCGCAACGGGCUAGCCCAGCGCAUGAGCCACGGCAACAAGAGCUCACAGCUUUACCUGCGCCUGGUGGAGACCUCGCUCAAAGGAGAAAGGAUCCUGGGUUAUGCCGAGGAGCCCUGCUAUCUCUGGUUUGUCAUGGAGUUCUGUGAAGGUGGAGACCUGAAUCAGUACGUCCUGUCCCGGAGGCCGGACCCAGCCACCAACAAAAGCUUCAUGCUACAGCUCACAAGCGCCAUUGCCUUCCUGCACAAAAACCACAUCGUGCACAGGGACCUAAAGCCAGACAACAUCCUCAUCACCGAGCGGUCUGGCACCCCCAUCCUCAAGGUGGCAGACUUUGGACUAAGCAAGGUCUGUGCGGGGUUAGCCCCCCGAGGAAAAGAGGGCCAUCAAGACAACAAAAAUGUGAAUGUGAAUAAAUACUGGCUGUCCUCAGCCUGCGGCUCAGACUUCUACAUGGCCCCCGAAGUCUGGGAGGGACACUACACAGCCAAGGCCGACAUCUUUGCCCUGGGCAUUAUCAUCUGGGCAAUGAUAGAAAGAAUCACUUUUAUUGACUCUGAGACCAAGAAGGAGCUCCUGGGGACCUAUAUCAAACAGGGGACCGAAAUCGUCCCUGUUGGUGAGGCGCUGCUAGAAAACCCAAAGAUGGAGUUGCAUAUCCCCCAGAAACGCAGGACUUCCAUGUCUGAGGGGAUCAAGCAGCUCUUGAAAGAUAUGUUAGCUGCUAAUCCACAGGACCGGCCUGAUGCCUUUGAACUUGAAACCAGAAUGGACCAGGUCACAUGUGCUGCUUAAAAUUCAGGGCAAAGCAUCUUGAGUGUUUUUAAACUAGGUUGAUCCUCGGGACCCACAGUCUCAUCGUGUCUCCCACAGAGGCCCACCGAGGUGGUGGCUUGGUCGGUUGGUGAUCUCCCGACAGCUGGAUCUCCGGCAAUGUGAAGCUUUUGUUUGGGUUUUCCCCCCUCCUUUUAGUUUCGCUUAAUUUUUUUUAAAUCUUAUUUUUUGUCUUUUUUUUUCCUUCCUUUUUUAAUUUAAACGAUUAAGACUUCAGAAGAGCAGGAAACUAUGCUGUGGAGAAACAACAUGGACAAAAGCAUAUGUAUAAAUGUCGUUUUUAAUUUUUGUAAGGGGUUAGGGAGCUAUUUUGUUUCGUUCCUUUAUUUUCCCUCUGUCUUCUUUGUUUUACCCAUCCUUCAGUUCUGCUUAGAGCACCUCACUUCCCCAGAGAAGGCCUGCCUCUCUGCGGAGAGCCAGGGUGGGUCCCAGCCUGGGGGGCAUGAAGACAGAAGGCAGCCUGUGGGCCACCUCCCCCCACAGACACAGGCGCUGCCGGACUCCGCGGGCCUCCCUCAGGCCUUAGAAAUGGUCAGAGGUGAAGAAGGACCUGGAAGAGGAAGACAGGGCUUGGCCCGGAGAACUCAAGAAAGAAAGUCUCAACUGCGGGUUUGUUCUCUCUCAGCUGCCGGAAACCCUGGGCCACUCCAGGACUCACAGUAGUGGGAGGCCAUUCUCUCUUCUGCCCUUUAGAACCCGGAGCGCUGGGCGGGGUGUGGGGGGGCAGACAGAGGUGAUAUCCCCCACUUCCCGGCAGUCGAGCACCAGCCCAGCCCAGCUCUACAAGCCUACCUUUCUGUUAGUGGUCUUCCUCCCAGAGGAAGACCCCCCCCCCCCCGCCCAGGAAAAACAACUGUCGUGCCAAACCUCUGCCUGGGACAUGGCCGGGUCUUCGGCGGGCAUCUGUCACUCCUGUGAGGUUAGCUCCCGUCACCUCCUGCCUCCUGAUCAUCUCCUUCCCACAUGUGCCCGCCACGCAUCCCGGUUGUCAGAGACGACCUGAGUCCCUGCGAUCCGACUGUGACCUGGCCCUAAGAACAGGGUGUCCUGAAACUGGCUGCCACUGUCACCUCCUCGCAGUGAAGGGCAUGCCCUGCACGUGGCCCAUGGUGUCCCAGCCGGCGACAGAGUCAAGCGCCGUCUCCCUCACCCCCAGGAACUUAACUGUUAGGUGCCCUCCCUCCGCGUACACGUGUCUGGUGGGAAAAGAAUGGACCCACCAAGAGCAGGGAGGGGACGGGCUAGACCCCCCCCCGACCUCCCACAGCUGUCAGGUGCCCGUGUGUGGCCUGCCCCCUUAAAGUUCGCCCCGUGUGACCCUGUUGACCUCAGCACCAGUGUCUGUGCAGACCAUGCUCUGUGUGGCCAUCCCACGCUCUCUGCCAGCACGCGGGCAGCUCCCUCGCCUCGGGCUUCUGACCCUGAGGGUUUGCCCCCCCACCCCCCACCUCCCUGGGCGCAGGGGCAGGUGGCUGGCCCCGUGUCGUCCCUCUCACCCGCAAGCUGCUGGGGCUUCUCCAAAGGCUUCCCCCCGUUACGACCAAGCAAGACGGGGUCUUGGGGGAAAGGGAAAGAAAUUCUUUUGUUUCUUGUUUCCUCGAAACCAGCAUAGGAUCGAUAGGGGAGGUAGUUGGAGGGCAUUCAGGUUGGUAUGUGACCAAGGGGGGGCUCUCCUCCUCCCUCCCCCCCCCCCCCCCCCAGUGGCCAUCCUUUGGCCCUGGGCGUUUGGGAGAGACCAACGCGACACCAGCCCAAACUUGCAAACUCACCACACGUUUGCUGGCAUUUUCUCGCCUUUUCUCAGGGCCCUAAAAUACCACGGCUGCUGCUGCUUCCUGGGCCGACGGUUGGCCGUGGUGAGCAGGGCUGCGGGUGGGAGCCGUGCCCUCCCUUCCUUGUGAAAUCCUUCGUGCCCACCCGCCCCAUCUCCUCUCCGGCUUCUCAGGCCACCGGAGUGCACCCUGGGCCGCCCCCGGGAGGGUGGGGAGCACAGUGUCCCUGACUGCAGCGCACCCUCCUUCUCUGCCUCGCCUCCCCUCCCCUCCCCUUGGGGGCAGCGGAUGGUGAGAACUAGGGGACUGGUUCUCACCCCACGUUUCCUGGCUGCAGCCCCCGCCCUCAGGUUCUUGGUCAAGGCUCAGGCCUAACCUGAGGCCCUUUGCUUCAACUUCACCUCGGCCCUCCCCCGGUCUCUAACCUCCAUCUGGAUCAGGUCUCGGAGCUGCAGCGGUCCCCCUUCAUUAUUUCUCUUGGCAUCAGUGUAGCCCCCGUAGGUCACAGGAUGUCUCUGCCUUUGGGGCAAGGCAGGCAGCCUGGGAGGGCUAGCACUUAUCUUGCAGGACUCAGCCUACCCUUGCUUGGUGGCAGGUCCUCCUUCCCAGGCUCACGAUGGCCAGCUCGUUAGCCCCAAGUGCCUGUCUCUCCCUCUUGCUCCCUCCACCCCUGCCCCCCCACUUUGUCCACCCCGGGUGCCCAGCCAGCCAGGUGGACGUCAACCCCAAGUGAGCGCCGGCUCGGCCCACAGCCAGUGGACUAGCCUCGGUUGGACCCAGGUAGCUCCCAUCCGCUUCUCAGCCACCUUCCCCCUGUUCCGCUGUGGGUCAGCCUGCUGCCUCUUCUUCCCCCUCUUCAUCCUCUCCGCCUGCAGUUUGGGCCUGGCGGCAGCCCUGUACCACCUCAUCUCAGCGCCACCACGUUCGUAAGGCCUGUGCGAGUUCUAGGAGUUCCAAACCUUGAAAUAGCAGUCACUCUCUUCUCCUUGGAUCUGUGAAACGGUUAGCCCGCAGCGGGGAGGUUCUGGGCCUGAGACCUCUGGGUCUUGAGCUCAGUAUCCCCCCCCCAGCGAGAGGACUCAGCAAGACAGAUCAUAGUGCCUUAUUCCACUGCCCUCGCUUGACCAGACCUGCUGGCUCCGCUGGAAGUCCGUGGCAUCCUUCUCCCUAUGUCUGUCACUUAACCUCUCGCUCCCGCCCACAGAGAGCCAUGAGGGAAGCCAGGCCCAGGGCUCCCGCCACCACCGGGACACUAAGCGCAGCUAUAGCCGAGGACAGAACAACCAUGUUUCCACCAGGUGGAUGCUCUCUGCCUCUCACUACCCAGCAGGCCCCCUGCCUCUUACCUCUAGCCAGGAGGAUGCUGCAGUCUGUCCGUUCAGGACUGGCUCCAUUUUGACCCCUUUCUGGGCACCGGGGACGAAAGGCGCAGGCCUUAGCCCCCUUUCAUCCCAGAAGCAUUGGGACAGGAGAGUGGGACUUCUUUCCUCCCACCCAGACGUGGUUUGCCCCCGAUUGGCUGCCUUUCUGAGGGAGUGUAUUCAAUGUUUACUUAAGAAAUACCCUGUUUACAGCUAGAGGAGAAACAAGCCCAACACUGGCAGAGAUCUGACUCCUGAUGGGGCCUGGCCUCCUUUCGGGCACUGCCAGUGGGGGGUCCCAGAGCGAAUGAAGGCUGAGCCCGCAGGGGCGCGCGCCCUGCACACCCUCUGCUCCCUGACCCCGCGGUGCUAAGACCACUCACCACCACCUUCGCAGCCUUCUUGCCCCUGGACAUUCCCCACCUCCACCAUUCCCUUCCUCCCAGGUUCUCUGCUCCUUGACAUAUCAGCUGUCUCCUAGAAAACCAGUGUUUGGAGCAAUAAGAUUAUUUUUGCCUGAGUCUUUUUUCUGAGAAAAGGUAAAGAGCCGGCAUUGUAGGAAUGUUCUAUUUAUGCUGUUGCAGUUUACCUUUUCAGAAGACAGAUCUUUGUAGGAUGGCUGUCUGGGUUUCAGCCUCAGAGUAUCUUUUGGAAACUUGGAACAGCAGGAGUUGGGCCUCCACCCCCUAAGAAGGGGACCCCUAACUCUCUGCCCUCACCUUGCUCCAUGCUGCCUGGGCUCCUGGCUCUGCCCACCAAGUGCGCCUGUCCCCUCUGAUCCUCCUUGUGCCCCUCCCUCCCCCGUACACACCCAUCUGGGGGCACCAGUGGCUCCUGGGUUAUUGCUCCCCCCUGACUCCCUUCCCCUCCCUUGGCCUGCCUGGUGGCCCCCAGACCACAGCGCUACGGGAGUCACCUAGGAACUGACAGCCUGACAACAGCCAAGCCUGGGGCUAAGGCCCGGAGAUGGCACCUUGGCUGUCCUCCCACACUGGGCCGAGGCACGGCCUCUGGGACGCCAGGCCCGUCUCUGAUCCUGCCUGCCAGGCUCGCAGGUCAGGGACUCCUGUCCAGAGAGAUGCCCUCAGAGGGAAAGCGAGGAGGUGGGACAGGAGGGCUGGCGAAUGUAAGCUUCCAAGGUCACCAUCGAGAGGUGAAGCCACUCCCACUGGUUACCCAGAGGCCGCCACAUCUUUUCCCAGGAGGGGCCACACAAAAGGAAGGGAGUUUGUUCAGGAACGUUGUAAAGAACGCUUUAUGUGCCCCAGGGGGCCUCCUCCAUCACAGCCGGGGAGUAUGAGGCCACGAUUUAACAUGCAGGUGGGGACGACUUGGAUGUGAGGGAGGCACCGAGUAACCCAGGCGCAAAGUUAGCUUCAGAUACUAGUUAAUCUAUUUUUCUUUAUUUUCUUUUUUUGCACAGAAGCUGGUAAUCUAGGACCUACGUGUGAACAACUUUAUAUGAAUAUUUUUUGUACUUGGUUUACUUGGGUUGGUAUGAGACAUUAUAUUUAAGUUCCUUGAACACUGUGGAUCCCCCUAAUGUGUAUGAAUGACUGAGGCUUUGUAAAUUAAGGGACGUUUGUGUGAAUAAAGUUAUUUGAUGGGGUCAAAGAAGCCAUAUGUGAUUUGAAAA